CAUCCAGGAUCUUGAACGUCCUGUUACGCCUACCGUUCUUGGACAAAGUCCAAAAAAAAUUUGAUAUACUACUUGAUAGAAGAUUCUUACCCACCAUUUCGCCCAUUGCGGCGAUCGAUUUGUUUGAAAACUUGCGGCAAGCCGCAUCGAAUUAAACUCUGCAACGCGAUCAAAUAAUCAUAAACCUUCACUCGAUAAGGAUUUGCCGACCUAACGUGAGGUUGUUGUUCGCAAGGAUUUCGGUCUUGACCGGUUGACACCUUUCGUAAUUUAAUCACAAGCGACCAGUGUCGACUGUUAGCCACUGAAUCGAAUAUCUUUCGGCUUUUGAGUGCCGUGCUCGUGCCUUGAUGAUUGAAUACGCAAUGGAUUGUACGCGCUUAUGCACAUAAACUGACGUAAACACAGGGCUCAUGUAGUCGCCUUAACCGCAAUACGUGCUUCUCUGCGUCAGUGGGCCAUGAUGAACGCUGCACGUUGGUUGUAUACUUCCCGUUGUCACUUUAAAAUGUCAAGAAAAAUGUAAGAUCAUCUUCGGCCACGGAAACAACCUGUGUACAAUUUAACUGGAAACCUCCAAAUGCAACGAACUGCUCGAUCCUGAGGACCAAGGAUGUCAAAACGGCUGAGCUUCUAUGGUCUGAUAGGCCUGGCGUCCCUUUGCAUCUUCUUCUUAGCAUUUAAUCAACGCUACAGCAGCUAUCUCGAGCAUCGACUGCAGCCGGUGAUUUCGGUCAGUAAAAAAUCGGAGGUGGGGAUUGCUCUAAAUUGAGUCACGCCAAACACGCUCUUUCUGAUGGAUGUUGAGAUAAGGUCCCGCAUCAUCAAAAUUCAGGAACCAGUAACGGCAUACUUUAGGGGAUCCAUAGAAAAUGUGACACUUUCUGAAAUACAGGAGGUUGUGCAUCAACAAAGAAAAGCAAUCGAAAGGGAAAUGGAAGACUACAAAUAUCCUAAUGGAAAAUAUGGUGUUAAUAUUAGCAAAUUGGAGGAUUUAGUAAUGGAGAAAGGAGGAAGACCAAUGAGAAGUGUGAUUCUGACAAGUUGGCGAAGUGGAAGCACGUUUCUUGGCGAUGUCAUAAACGCACAUCCAGCAAAUUUUUAUCACUACGAACCUUUACUCGACUUUGGAAUUGUGCAAAUUAGGGGGCCUCCGCUCGCUGACGAAGCUCUUAGAAAUCUCGAAUCUUUGCUAAGAUGCGAUUUUAAUAACCUUGAUCGAUAUUUGGAAUACGGUAAAACGCAUCCUUGGGUCUUCAAUCACAACACACAUUUAUGGAGACAGUGUCAAGCACACAAGAGAAUUUGUUGGGAUCCACGUUUUGUUUCCACAUUUUGUAAAUUAUUUCCGUUUCAAUCGAUGAAAAUCGUUCGUUUAAGGCUACGUGCAGCUGAAAAACUUUUAGAACAAGAAGAUUUAGGUAUACGAUUAGUUCUAUUAAUUCGCGAUCCAAGAGGAAUUUUGCAAUCGAGGAAACAUCGGGAGUGGUGCCCUACUAAACCUGAUUGCUCGGAUCCAGCAUUAGUAUGUGCAGACAUGGUUUCAGACUUUAGUGCUGCCGUACGACUUAUUAAGAAAUAUCCACGCACUUUCAGGGUAGUACGUUACGAAGACUUAUCUGUAGAUCCCUACAGACACGUGAAAGAGCUCUACAAUUUUUACGGUUUGGACUUUCAUUUAAAUGUAAAAAGAUUUUUGGAUACUCAUACAAAGAACGAUGUUGGUGGUGUUUCAAGUACCUUCCGCAAUUCGAAAGUGGCCCCCUUCCACUGGCGAAGCGAUCUCGAUUUUGAGGAGGUCGACGAAAUACAAAGGGUCUGUUCAACGGCCAUGCGUCUAUGGGGCUACGUUAUGGCAUCGAAUUCCACGCAUCAAAAGGAAUUCGAUCCCCUAGUGGAUUACCAAUUGCAGUUGUGACAUCCAGCACAACCUACUGUGGAUCUAUAGUCUCAAUAUAAAUAUCACUGUGUAGAACGGUGUUAGCUCGUCUCUGCACAGAUACCGAGAUUAUCACAAGUGCCGUAAUUCACAUUGAAACAAGAAAGGUGCUGAAAGCUUGUCAUAACAAGUGCUUAUGAAUUCUUACGAUUAACUUCUUCGCUGAUCUAUUUCAAGAUCGGCAAGAUAGCAAAUAUUCAACCUUGUACGACCAAUGGUGAAUCUGUUCCUUAACGAAUUUAAGAGACAUGCAAGUGCUCUUCGAAGCUUGUUGCAUAAACGAAGAACAAAUUUCAUCUAGAAUUUUAGAUCAGAGUGUUAGGCACAAGGAUUGAACGAAGUUCCUAAGAACCUGGCGUGCAACAAGAAAAUAUCCAUAUCAGCGCGAGCAUUAAAUAAACCUAAAUGAUACGACACUUUUUUAGAAUUCAGAGUUUAAUGAUCAUUGUCAGUAUACAUUGUAACUUUAAAUGCAAUAGGAUUUUUCACCGAAGUACCGAAUAAAGAUAUUAGAUCACAAGCAUUUGAAUAGUAACAAUU